AUGACUGCUUGGAACAUAAGGGGUUUGAACCGACCCCUGAAACAAAGUGAGGUUCGGCUUUUAGUGUCUGAAAAUAAACUAUCUGUUUGUGCUCUUCUUGAAUCUCAUGUGGAUAUUUCUAAGCUUGCUAAGAAUCACCGGGGUAACCCUUUACCCAAAAAAAGAAUUAUUUUGGGUUGGAAUGCCGAUGUGGUUGAUAUUAUGAUCUUGGCCCAAUCGGACCAAGUCAUCCAUGCUCAGGUCUUCUCUAAAGCUGAUAAUCAUUCUGUGUUUGUUUCGUUUGUUUAUGCUAAGAAUAAGUAUCAGGAGAGAAGAACGUUGUGGGAUAAUCUAUGUAAACAUAAGGGUUUUUGUUAUAACAAGCCAUGGGUCGUUAUGGGCGAUUUUAACUCCGCGUUACAUAUAGAGGAUUCAUUGAAUGGUCCUUCCACUCCAUCAAUUGGUAUGAGAGAAUUUAAUGACUGUGUUCAAUAUGCGGAGUUAAUGGAUAUUAAGGGUCAUGGAUUACACUACACAUGGAACCAGAAACCAUCGAAUGGUGUUGGGCUGCUUAAAAAGAUCGACCGUGUGAUGGGUAAUAUGAAGUUCUUGGAAAUGUUUAAGGAUGCGUAUGUCUUAUAUCACCCGUUUCGGAUUUCUGACCAUACACCGUGCAUACUUAAGAUAGCUCCGUCAGCCAAGUUUCGGCCGAAACCAUUUAAGUUUGCUAAUUUUAUUACCUCCAAGCCGGAAUUCAGGUUAUGCGUUGAAAAGGAAUGGGCUAAGCGGGUGGAUGGUUACACUAUGUUUGCGGUAACCCAGAAGCUUAGGAAUCUGAAGCCGUAUUUGCGUAAGAUUUUGUUCAAUCAAGGGAAGUUGCAUGAUAAAGUCGCUGAUUUGAGGAAGCAGCUUGAUGAUAUUCAGAUGCGGAUUGAUAACAAUCCGUUAGAUGCCAAUCUUCGUAACAUGGAAGCUCAAUGUCUUUAA